AUGACAAGCAUCCUUUCGGAACGUCAAAGAGACGAACUACACAAAGCGAUUCUUGAUUACUUGAACGCUAGCGGCUUCUCAGAGUCCUUCUCAGCACUUAAAAAUGAGACACACAACGAUGAUUUUGUCCCAGAUCCUAAAAUGAAAUAUGCGGGCCUUUUGGAAAAAAAAUGGACUUCCGUCAUCCGAUUACAGAAAAAGAUCAUGGAGCUGGAGACCAAAACAUCACAGAUGCAAGAGGAACUCAAUAAUGCCCCUGUUCGGAAACAGACAAGUUCGGUCGACUGGAUUCCUCGUCCUCCGGAAAGACAUAGUUUAACCGGUCAUCGUAAUCCUAUCACGCGCGUCACUUUCCACCCCGUAUACCAGAUUCUCGCUUCGGCAUCCGAAGAUACCACCAUCAAAAUAUGGGAUUACGAAGCCGGCGAUUUCGAGCGGACACUUAAAGGACACACCAAAGCAGUACAAGAUUUGGCAUUUGAUCCCAAAGGAAAUUUUUUAGUGUCAUGUUCGGCCGAUCUUACCAUCAAAGUGUGGGAUGUCAAUAACGAUUACAAAUGCAUCAAAACGCUGUAUGGCCAUGAUCACAGUGUUUCUUCCGUUGAAUUCUUACCAUCAGGAGAUAAGAUUGUUUCUGCUUCACGUGACAAGACGAUUAAACUUUGGGAUUUCACAUCUGGAUAUUGUGUCAAGACAUAUUCGGGUCAUUUGGAAUGGGUGCGUUCCGUGGUUCCAAGCGAAGAUGGCAGAUUACUCGUAACGGCAUCCAAUGACCAAACAGCACGCCUUUGGGACACACAAACGGGUGAAGGAAAAAUGGAGUUCCGUGGACAUGACCACGUUGUAGAAUGUGCCAUCUUUGCUCCAAUUAAUGCGUAUCCAUAUAUUCAAGAAUUGAUUGGUGAUGAGAGCAAAUCAAAAGAUGAUUCAGUACCGGGACAUUACGUUAUUACGGGAUCAAGAGACAAGACAAUCAAAUUAUGGGACAGCAGCGGCCAAUUGCUUCAAACACUGAUUGGUCAUGACAAUUGGGUACGAGGAUUGGUGGUGCAUCCUAGUGGCAAAUACUUGCUAAGUGCAUCCGACGACAAGACGAUCAAGAUUUGGGACUUGAAAACCGGCCGUUGCAUGAAGACAUUGGAAGCUCACGCUCAUUUUGUUACUUGCAUAUCUUAUUGCCACAUCAGUCCUAUUGUUGCAACGGGAAGUGUAGAUCAAACUGUCAAGGUGUGGCAAUGUCGAUAA